AUGGAGACAAGUUGUUUGAUUCAAGAACCCCAAAAGAAGCAGAAACUGAAUGAAGAAGAUGAGGACAUUAAUGGAAACAGCCAAUGCUUAGCUGACUUACCUGAGGAAGUUCUUCGACACAUCCUCUCGCUUCUUCCAACAAGAGACGCUGCUAGGACAAGCGUAUUAUCUAAAAGGUGGGAAUAUCUAUGGGCUACUAUUCCCAAUCUAGAUUUUAGACCAUCCUUGCCAUCUGAUUGGUGUAAGAGUAACAGAAGGCUUUUGAUGAAUUUUGUGGAAAGGGUGCUUUGUCUACGUGACUCCUAUGCUAUAAAACAAUUCACUCUCAGUUGUGAUGUGCUACGUGAUGCUGCUCGUGUUAAUACCUGGAUUUCUGCCGUAGUAAGGCAUAAUGUUCAAGAAUUGAAUAUUUCCCUUUACGAAAUCAAGGGAGAAUUUUCACUGCCUUAUUGCUUGUUUACUUGUAAGACAUUGACAAGCUUACACCUUCGUAUGCUCUGUAUCCUCAAGCUUCCCAGUACAAUUUGGUUCUCAAAUCUGAAGAACUUGACUAUCGAAAAUGUAACAUUUUCAGAUGAGUACUUAACUCAACAGUUUUUCUCUGGUGGUCUGCCAAUCCUUGAGAAGUUGUGUUUAACCGAUUGCAGCUGGGGGGCUCUCAAGGUUGUGCGUCUUUAUGCCCCCAAGAUUCAUUCUCUGAGUAUAGACGAAGAUGAGUGGCCAGAUUCGAGUUAUGGGGAUGGUUGUCAGAUUAUGAUUUUUGCUGUCCAACUCAAAGAAUUUAAAUACUCUGGUGGACUGUUCAACGACUAUUGCUUAAACAAUUCAUUUUCACUGGAAGAGGCAAAGAUCGAGGCUCUCCCUGGAAAGAAAUCAGCUCAAAUUGCUCAUCGCAUGUAUAAAAUUCUUAUAGGGCUCUCCAACAUAAAAUUACUGGCACUUUCCUGUUAUGUGCUUGAGGUAUGGCUGCUUCUCUCUUUGUAA